AUGGAACAAUUAAACGUUAAGGAACAACAAGAGUUCCAACAAAUUGUGGAACAAAAGCAAAUGAAGGAUUUCAUGCGUUUGUACAGUAACUUGGUUGCCAGAUGUUUUGAUGAUUGUGUUAAUGACUUCACCUCUGCCAGUUUGACCAAUAAGGAGUCAGCAUGUUUGAUGAAGUGUUCCGAAAAGUUCUUGAAGCACAGUGAAAGAAUUGGUCAAAGAUACCAAGAACAAAAUGCUAUGUUGCAGAACAACUUUCAAGACCAAGCUAUGACAGACAAGAAUGACGAAGGAGGGCGUGAGCUUCUUGCGUUGUUUGUAGCUUCUACGCUCAAUAGAUUAUUAAAAGCUCAUAGUAAAGAGAUAACGUCUUCUAAAUUACAUAUUGGUAUCACCGAAUUCCUCAAAACUUUCCAUCAUAUAGCAGCACAAUACGUGACCAAUCAUCGACCCCGUCACUUCCCUUCAAAAGCAGAAGACAUAAGCAUCAAUCGCAUAGUGGGACUGAUCACCACAGAUGCCCGGUUUUCUAAAUUUGUAACCAUCAUCAAUAACAACUUAAUAGUGGAAAUCGUUCCAGGAGCCUACGAGAAGUGGAUCAACGAUAUAGUCCUAACGUCUACACAACAGUAUUCCCAGAUAUUGGUUAAAUAUAUCAAUGACUUGCUGCAUAUAUAUCAUCAAGAGAAGCUUGCAUUGGAUCAAGACCCGGGAGCUGAAAGUACCGAUGGACCUACAGAGAAUGAGACUUCAGAUAUUACUACGAUCCAAGAGACUCCUACUCAUACAUUAGAAGUGAGACUGGACAAACUUGACGUUAUCCCAGAAGAACAAUCAACCGAGGAACAAGAACCCAAGUCUGCACCAGAUGACUCCGAAGGGGUUAAUCAGAUUGGUGACGAUAUUGAAAUGGAAGAUGUUUCCCCAGACAACAAGAACGAGAAUGUGAAGAACACUGAAAUGAAGAAGAAUGAUAAUGUUGAAUCGGAAAGAAAUUCCCCUGUUGUCAACACUAAAGAAAGCCAAGAGGAUGCUAUUGGAGAUCUAGAGGAUCAUAAUUUCGAGAAAAUGGUGAAGACAAAAGAUACUGAAGAUGAUUCUUCCAACGUUGAAGAAGGUAAAUCUUCUUCUGUUAAAGACUCUGUACAUCAAUAUGGGUCCCUGGAUCAAAAUGAUAGCGAGCAAGUUGACAAAGAAGCGACUAUUGACCAUAAUGUGCAUAAUAUUGUAGAUCUUUCCAGUUCCCAAGAGUGUGAAAGCAUUGGUGAGGAAACAAAUAUAAAAGAGAACAAAGAUGAUGAAGAAGACUCGCAAAUGGCCGAACCAGAAGAACUAGAAGCAGAGCAGGAAAAGGAGGAGAAGGAGAAGGACGACGAAGAGGUAGAGGUAGAAGAUGAAGAAAAGGAAGAACACUCUGAAAGCGAGAAAGAAGAAAGAGGGCGAGAGAAAGUUGAAGAAACUCAUGUGACCAAGAACACCGAUGAGGAAACAGAAGAGGUUAAAGAGGAAGAUGUUGAAGAGGAAGAGGAAGAGGUUGAAGAGGAAGAGGUUAAAGAGGAAGAGGUUGAAGAGAAAGCGGUUGAAGUGGAAGAGGUUGAAGAGGAAGAGGUUGAAGAGGAAGAGGUUGAAGAGGAAGAUAAAGAAGAGGAAGAUAAAGAAGAGGAAGAUAAAGAAGAGGAAGAUAAAGAAGACAAUGAAGGAGAGAAAAUAAAAGCAAAUAAGAUACAGCUGGAAGGGGAUGUGAUUAAAGAAAUUCAAAGAGAUAAAUAUAAUGAACGCGAAGAUGAAGAAGUGGUGGAGAUUGGAGAAGAAGACGAGAAAAAAGAAGAAGUUAUCGAUGACGGUCAUGUCGAUAUUCAGAAAGAAGUCGAAAUCAAUGAACAGAAGGAGCAUAAUAAGUCUGAGAUCAAAUUGGAUAAGGAGGAAAUACUUGAAGCAGAUAAUGCAUCUCAGAAUGUGAAUGAAAGUCUAAGUUUCAAAGAUGAGAAUGAAGAGUCUAGUAAGCGAGACCAGGGUAACCAAAACGAAGAGGGUAUUCAAAAAGUAGAUGGUAACCAUAGCGAAGACCAAGUUGAAUUCUCAUCACAUGGUGAAGCUUCUGUCAGUGUAAGUGGGGGAACUUCGGAGGAGCCAAUUAUGAAACAAGAAGAAGUAGAAGAUGAUUCAGAGGAGAAUUCUGAUGUUGAAGGACAACAACGUUUGCAGACACUUAGAAAGAGAUCCAGAUCACCUUCCAAUGCAGCAUCACAACGUAAGAGAUUCCAGAACAUUGCUGUAAACCUAAUCAAUAGUAUUCUGGAACAUCGGUUCUCUUCACCUUUCCUUCAUCCUGUUAGUAAGAAGGAUGCUCCAGACUACAAUGAUGUCAUCUACGAGCCCAAGGACUUGAAGAACAUUCUUAAGUCGAUCAAGCUGAAGCAGGAUCCUCCAACAUAUAGUGAGAUCAAACAAUUGGAACGAGAUAUCAUCUUAAUGUUUGCCAAUUGCAUUAUGUUCAAUAGAUCUGACGAAGACCUUGUUAGUCUUACAUUGAGUAUGAAGAACGAUGUCAAUAAGAUGUUCAAGCUAUUUGAAGAGGCAGAAGAAGACAUCAAGUGA